AUUAGGCAAAACGAUAUCAAUAACUUUCUUGAAAAGGCUCGGCUAAAGUUUUUAGGAUAUAAGUUGGAAGGGGAUAAUUCCACUGAUGCUGGUUUACCAACUUCAAUUAUUGAGGGACUAAAAGUAUUAAAAUCGUAUCUCUACGUUUCACAUGGUGAAUGGCAAAUUAAGAAUGAGAAAAAAUUAACUCAGGAUGCAAUACAGAAUAUAUUUAAAGAUGAAAUAGCCGAUAAUCCGACGGAAAUAUUGUAUCAAGCUAUAUUACCCAAAAUUCAGCAAUAUAUGAUUGCGCUAUUGAAGAUAUUACUAGUAGCAUCUCCUACGACAAAAUCAAAAACCGAAUCCUUCAAUAUUUUAGUUGAAGUAUUGCCCAAAGCAAAUGCAUCUACAAUGCGUCAGACCUUGAAAGUGGCUGUAGAUGCUGAGAGACAUAAAGAAAUCAUUGUAGAAGCCAUUUCUGCAAUUUUAUUGCUACUGCUAAAGCAUUUUAAAGUAAACCACAUUCUUCAGUUCGAACAUAUGGCUCAGAAUUUAGUAUUUGCAAAUUGCAUUCCUCUGAUCUUGAAACAUCUGAACCAAAAUCUUGUUAAUUACUUAAUUUUGUUUAGUGGGACAGAAAAUCUAGAAUUCCCUGCUUGUGUGCUGAACAAAUUCAAUAUUUUAUCGCACGAUGACAAGGAGAACCCUACCUAUAGUUGGCGAGGCAUAUUUUCGUGCAUUAACUUGACGCGAAUUUUACAAAAAUUAACAAAAUGGAGACCAUCUCGCAUCAUGAUGCUGGUUGUCUUCAAGUCAGCUCCAAUAUUAAAGCGAGCUUUGAAGCUGAAAGAAGAGACGUUACAGCUUUAUCUCUUGAAGCUGAUUAAACCUCAGACACGAUAUCUUGGCCGUAACUGGAGAAAGUCGAACAUGAAAAUUGUAUCAAUGAUUUAUCAACGAGUUCGUCAUCAUUUAAAUGAUGACUGGGCAUACGGAGUUGAUCAAGACAGUCAACCUUGGGAUUACCAAGUGGAAGAGAGCGACCUUAGAGCACAAAUUGAAAGAUUCAAUAACCGCCGCUAUAGUGAUCUAAAAUCGGAAGUCUUACCAGAUUGUCUCCCGUACGAUAAUAAUUGGAUUAGUGUUUUAUCUAAGGAAAUACAAUUUGCAGAUGCUUUUAUUAAAAAUUAUGAAGAGUGGCUAGAGAACGAGGUCCAUCAACGAAACUUAAAUUGGGAUAGUCUAUGUACUCACUAA